UAGGCACUGGGAUAUACACUCGAACGCCGAGUCGUAGUUCUCAUUUCAUAGAGGGCUGGAUACUCAGACGUAUCUCGAAUGGAGACAAGAUGAAGGUGAUAACCUAUCCCUCUGUUGCUGCUACACAUGCUCCUGCCCUGUUGAAGGAGCUGAACUGCCAGAGAGAAAGGGGGCAAUUCUGUGACUGUGUGAUCCGAGUACAGUUCAACCCAGGCAAACUCUACUUGGCCCACAAAAAUGUCCUAGCUGCUUCCAGUCCAGUCCUGGCUUCACUUCUCUCAAAUCAAGGUGCAUUGUUGGAUUUACAAAUCCCAAGCAUAACGCCUGAAACCUUAGGACAUCUCCUGGAGUUCAUCUACACUGGAGCACUGCCACCACCUGACUUGGAUGAGUCUGUGUGCUCUGCUGCCGCCUACCUUGAAAUGGAGGAAUUGCAACAGGCUCUAAACUGCAGACUAGACAGUCCACCUGGGUUGGCUGUGGAUAUGGAAGCUGAUGAAAUGGAAGUGAAUCUAAAGAGAAGAUUUGUUGAGCACCAGGAAAUGAAAAGGAACGUACACUCUCCAUCUCACCACCAUGAAGUCAAAUGGACCUUACCAUUAUUGCCAAGCUGUGAGGUGGUGCCUGUCAUACGCCAUGCAAGCACAACGGGGCUUUAUGAGAGAAUGCCCUUACUCUCCGAGAUCCGCUGCAAGAGCAGUAACAUAGACUUUGGCUGUCAUGACAUCAGAGAACAGGAAGCAGAGGACAAGGACCAGGUACUGGGGAUAUAUCAACAUGGAUACCUUCCAAAAUACAGCGGACAACAACGUGUUGAAAGGUAUAAGGCAGCUUUGCAUGGGUCAGAGUCAAGACAAGCCAAAUUUCCGUCUGCCAUCACGGAUACAAAUAGGGAUGAAUUGCUCUGCCAUGUUCCAAAUGAGAUAGGACAUCCCCAUUGUGAAACUACCAGAAAGACUGAGUAUGAGGAAAAAUGGCUUAAAAAUAUCUGUAAAACCGUAAUAACCAAUGCUGUUAUUAGUUCAAUGGGGGCUGAUGGAUGCACUCACAAUGCUGAAGCCAUAACUGAGGACACUGAGAUAAAAGACCAGAAAGAUGACAUUGUUGCAAACAGGUCAGGAGAAUUUGUUUGUCAUAAAAACAGACAUGUUGAAAGCAGCAUUGGUGGUGCUGCUGACUCAGAAAAAGAUUUUGAAAGUAUUGAUAGACACUAUGAUCUUGAGAAGGGACAUUCAGCUCUUGAGAAUCAGUUUGACACGGACAGCAAAACCAGAGACACCAUACAUCCCACUGUUGUUCAUAUGGUUUGCAGUCACACAAAUGUUGUCAAUAUGGAAACACCUCCUAAUGCUAAUGCUCACAGUCUUGAAGAGAGGAAGGGUAACCUGUUUCCCGAAAGUGCUAUUGAAGGUCAUAUGGAAACUUCAAACACUUGGAAGCUAGAGGUAAGCAGGGAUGAUUGUGCUCAGGUAAAUGAACCCAAAUCCUUUAGGAAAACCAUUAUCAUUGAUUCUGACCUUUGGAAUGAAACAACAAAUUUUUGUGCAGAAAACACAACACUAUCAGGUGAGGAUAAAAUGACAGAAGCAUCUAUUGAGAGUAUGUUUUCAUUCCAAAGCAGUAAUAAUGUGAUGGUACACAAUGCUGAUCAUCAAGAAAAGGAAAAAUGGGAUUUUAUCAGCAACAGCGGAAAUGACUCACAAACCUACCGAGGGAAAGUGACCUACCACUGCUUUUUAAGGGAAGGACAAGUGGUAGAGACGAGUAACUGUGAAGACAAUGUUUGCAGUAGUGUUUCUGACACUGACAUUACUGGAAGCUCUACCUUACACAAGAAAUCCAGUCUUUCUUCUCCAUUCCAAGUGGAUGUUUCAGAUCCGCUGAUGCCCAUAGGUUAUGGUGGUUCCACAGAGGUUGCGAGGAAUUUCAGUGGCUCCACUGAAGCAAGUGCUGCUGACCCUGCUGCUCUUCACCCUUACCAGUGCAAAAUGUGCGAUAGGGCCUUCAGCCAGCGAGGGUCCCUCAACAGGCACAUGCGCUCACACCUUGGAGUGCGGCCCUACUCCUGUCCCCAUUGCCCAAUGACCUUCUCCAGACAAUAUCGAGUCACGGAGCACAUGCGGGUCCACCAGCGAAGCUUCGAGGGCUUGCAGAGGACUGGUCCUGCCUGACAGCCAACAGCAGAGUGAGGUUGAAGUGAUCUUUUUGUGGGUUACCUGCCAUUUUAAACUGUGAUGUGAGCAGUCAGGCUUUCAUCCUCUACAGAGCUGCCUUUAAUAUUUGCAUUGGAAUGCAACUACACAGAAGAUGCAGCUACAAUUUGUAAUUAAUUUGAAAUACCGGAUAUUGAACAUAAAAGAAGAAUGUAAAUUUAAUGGAUAUUGUGAUCUAGUGACAUCGAGAUAUAUGGUGGUAUAUGAGAUAAAUGUACAUGACUUCCCAUAGUUUUCAAGGCCAUCUAGUUUCAGAUUAGCAGAAAUUGACUUGUGGUAGUCCUUGAAUGGUAUUGUGCUUGCAAGCACUGGCCUGGACGUGUUGUUAACCUGGACUUACACUGUUGCUUAUUUACUUUUGAUAGAUACACUUCUGUUCUGU